CGGCUUGUGAGGAGCCGCUAGCAUCGCGGGCAGCCCGGCGUCCGCAUGGUGCUGUGUCAGGGUGGCGAGGCCGCCGCUGUUCCGGCAGCGGGCGGGAAGGAGUCGGAGGUGCCGCUGAGCCGGGAGGACGGUGGGGGUACGGGGCAGCCUUGCCUGUGCCCGGCGCCCGGCAUGGAGGCGGCGGGCGCCGAAGAGCGCCGCGUUUGCGGCUGCUGCUCGGGCUUAUCCUGGCCGCGCUGCUGCAAGGCACCCGGAACAAAGAAGAAGAAAGCUGCAUGUCCAGGACUUGGUCUGUUUUACACCGUACUGUCUGCCUUCCUUUUCUCAGUGGCCUCUUUAUUUCUUAAAAAAAUAGAAGAUGUACAUUCAGUGGAAGUGAGUGCAUUUCGAUGUGUUUUCCAAAUGGCAUUCGUUCUUCCUGGUUUAAUAUACUACAAGACAGGGUUUUUGGGACCAAAAGGUAAAAGAAUUUUUCUUUUCUUCCGAGGAUUCCUUGGCUCUAGCGCAAUGAUUCUUCUCUACUAUGCUUUCCAAGUCAUGCCACUAGCUGAUGCCACUGUUAUAACUUUUAGCAGUCCUGUUUUUACAUCGUUGCUGGCAUGGAUCUUUCUCAAAGAGAAAUACAGUAUUUGGGAUCUUCUAUUCACCCUCUUCGCAAUCACUGGAGUGGUUCUUAUUGCCAGACCACCAUUUCUGUUUGGGUCGAACGUUACGGGGAUUGAAGGAAGUUACACAGAUCACCUUAAAGGAACUAUAGCAGCAAUUACAAGCACAGUAUCUGCAGCUUCGACUUUUGUUAUACUAAGGAAAGUGGGAAAAUCUGUGCAUUAUUUUUUGUCAAUUUGGUAUUAUGCAGUCAUUGGUUUGAUUGGGUGUGUUAUAGCAUUGUUUGUUAUGAAUGAAUGGCGUUUACCAUAUUGUGGUAAAGAUAGGGUUUUUCUAAUAUUAAUAGGCUUGUUAGGGUUAGGAGGUCAGAUAUUUCUCACAAAAGCAUUACAGAUAGAGAAAGCUGGACCUGUAGCCAUAAUGAAAACAAUGGAUGUGGUGUUUGCUUUCAUUUUACAAAUUCUUUUUCUCAAUCAUCUACCAACUUGGUGGACUGUGGGUGGUGCCCUUUGUGUAGUAGCUAGUAGUUCUGGAACUGCCAUUCGUAAGUGGCGACAAAGCUUGAAAAAAGCUAAGCAAAAUGAAAUCUAACAAUACAGACACUAAUUCAUUACAGAAACAAGCAAUCUUGAAAUAUAUGUACAAUAUUUAUUUUUAUUUAUUUUAAAUAUCUCAUUUACCAAAUUGUAGUAACAAGUUAUAUCUAAUAAAAUAAGUUGAUUUAAAAAAAAAAAACAAACCCAAAAUCGGAAAUGUUUUAGCAACUGAUGAGGUAUAUGCUUUUCUUUCUCUUACUUAGGCAUGCAAAUAUGAGAAGUAGAAAGAUAUUUAAAAGUUGCUUGCUUCCUAUCAAAAGUGGACAAUAGUUUUUUGGCUUUUAUUUUCCUAAAAUUCCUGAUUCUUUUAGACCCUUUCUCUAUUCUUCUGAGCAGUGGAAAUCAGUCUCCCAGGCUUAUUUAAUACUGUUCUAUGCUUGAUUACCAGAGGGAUUGCAGUACAAAAGUUAAAGGGAAUGAAGAGUUAUAAUCCUGUAAAUAUCCAACCGUUAUAGAACAGAAUGAGCUUGCACACUUACAAGCUUUAUAAUUUUUUUUUUUGGUGCACAAAACAGAUGCCAAAUGGGGAGUUAUUUUUAAUCUGGAUUCUAAAAGAACAAAGGCUAUUUCAUCUUUCCAAGUAAUAUCAAGAGAAAAUUAACUUGUGAAAAUUAUCUAUCAGCUUUGCUUUCAUUUAAAAGGAAUUUUAAAUAUUUGCACUUGCUUUACAGACAUAAUGAAACAUCCUAAUCCCUUUUUCUUAAUGUGAUUUUCCCAAUAAACGUGUCUUUAGUUGCUGCAGUCUCGAUGAUGAGAGACAACAGUUCAUUGUAUACCACUUGUAAAUUAGCCAUUUCUUGUGGUAUGGAAUGUUAGGCUGUAGCUGCACUUUUCUUUAUUCUAUGCAAAAGAUUAUAUUUUUUAGGUAUUUAAUAUAAGUUAUUUUAAAUGCUGCUUAUGACCCUUUUGUUUAGAUUCUUUUGUGCAAAAGUUCUUUAGGAGACCAAGUUUAAGUCUUCUUGGCCUUCAUAAAGUUAGGAGGAUUCACAAUAAAGCAUUUGCCUAUUUCCUGAGAAUUUGCAAGAGUGCAGAGUAGCUGCAGCGUCACAGAAAAUGCGAGUUGGCCAAGGUCACAGCAGAGAUUCUACAGAAGGGGUUGGAGCAGAGCUUGGUGGGAUGGUGGAGCAAGGCGUGCACAUCUCAUGACACAGAGGCAUCCGUUCUACAUCAGGCGGUGCUAGUGGGCAGCUUCAGCCCCAUUUCUGCAGCUGGCCCUUUUAAAUCUGCACUUGGUCACUUCUCUUGCACAACUUCUCACUUCUGUAGGCUUUCUCUUGGUAGCAACAAGUACUAAGAAAAAAAGGUUUGUGUUAUUGAUCUUAGUGUCCUUCGUGUUUGAGGAGGAAUAUAUGUUUAGUGUCAGGUAGCGGGAUUUUCCCAAAUGGUGUCUUAUGUACUUUUUGGUCUUGUCUUAGUAGUGCUUCAAGAAGAUUUUAACUUGGAUCUUUAUUUGGUCCAAAGGCGGUUUCCAGUUAUUUACUCACUCCAUUGUUUUUCUAAAGGAGAACACUGUGUUCUGUAGACUUAAUACAUGUUUUUUUCCAAAUCACGAAGUGGCAGAUGUUUUCUUAUUUUGAUUUACAGAUGUCUAGUCACAAUUUUUUUAUUUUGUCAAUAAGCAUUGCAGGGCUGGGCAGAUCUAGGGACUUGAGUCCUGAAGGAGAGGAAUGCAUAUUGUGCUUUGGGAUGCAUCUGUAUGUGAGGAGCCAUCUUUGUGUGAGAUUCUGUAUGUAAACCAGCACCCUUAAUCCUUAUAUGUUUAUAGACAUGAGCAGAUUCCACCUCAGGGAUAGAAUCAGUUCCUGCUUAUAGCUGUCCAUUCUCUGCCUCUCCUGAAGGCUGAAGUUCAGCUACUGCUGACAAGGUGAGAAGUAGUAUGAAACUUCUUUUACGUUUCUUUAAAGCCUGAUGUAGUAAUAAAAUUCCAGUUUGGCACCCAUUUUGCUUAAUACUUGAAAUUCUAAUCGGAGAUUGUUUCUUCUGCUGCUCAGCCAUCGCUGCCAUUCAGCAACAGCUUCCAGGGGAGGGAAGGAAAAUAAGACUGCAUUUUGGUGGUUUUUUUUUUUUUUUUUUUUUUUUUUUUUGUACUGCUUCACUUCAUGCUUAAUAUGCAUGUGUUUGAAUUGACACUUACAAAGGUGUGGUUCCAGAGCAGCUCAGGUUGAUGUGAAUGUGGGUUGUCAGCUAGUCCUGCUCCCUCCCGUUGGCUCUGUGCUCCUGCUUAUGCGGUUGUUGUGGUGAGCUGGCCCUGGGAGCUCAUCCAGCUACAUAACUUUUUGGUAAGGUUGUUGGAGAGGGCAAAACCAGAGUAGCCUGAACUUGAUGACAGUGUGAAAGCAUUAGGAAGGGAAAUUAGAUAAUAGUUUAAAUUACAGCGUAUGAAUGCUGCUUUGUCAGUGCAGAAUAAAAUCAAUGUACAAGCUUAUAUCAAAAAAUCUUUAUGUCAUGUGAUUUCAACGGAUCUUGUUUACGCUUAGAGAAGAACAGACUACUGACGAAAGGACUGUUUUCUUGCCCUUAACGCAUAAGUAAGUGUAGAAAAUAAGCUGACCUGAAAUCAACAGCCUGAUACAGUGAUUGGUAAUUUUUCUCUCAAGUUCUUGCAGAAACUCUUUCAAUAUAUUUCCAUAUCUGUAGUGCCAAAACCCACAGAUGAUUAUUUUCUUUCUUUGUCCAAACCUAUAGGGUUUCCUUAUUGCUCCAUCUACUUAUUUCCUUUUGCUGUUCCAAAACCUUUCUAAAUAUUUAUGUUGUUAAAGUAAUAAUCUGAUCAAGAUCCUAUGUUGGAGAAUGUUGUGUUUUUUGGAACAUUAUUUUGAUUUUGAUCCAUCUUUUAGAGAAUUGUUUAACCAGUGUGAGAAUGAAGGACUUGACUAGGGCUUCUCUAAAAGCAUGACAAGCUGGCUUCUAUAACUAGCUUUUCUAGAUGAAUUUGGGAAUGGAAGACAUAUAAGCUUUAAGUUUUUGCAACCACCUCAGUUUUUAAAUUUUUCUUCCUCUCAUGUAGGUUAAAAACCAAAAUUUUAGUUGUAAGCCUUGAAGAGAAUGAAAUUAUACAAAAGUAUGGAUACCCUAAAAUGUUGGGGUUUUUUUAAAAUGGAAAAUAUUUCUUACCGUUCCUGUUAAGAUGGUCAAACUCUUUUUUUCCUUCCAGAGCCUAACAGUUUGACAAUCUGAAAUGAAACUGGCUGAGCCUUGAUACUUUCAGGUUCUGAUUUUUCCUUUCCUUUUUUCUUUCUCUUCUGUUCUUGGAUAGAUUUUUACGUUCAAAAUCUUUUUUAGCUUUUAAAGUUUUAAUACAGCAAGUUUCUCAGGGUCAAAUGUUAUUUUUCUGAGCUUUGAGUCAGAAAUAUAUUAUUAAUGUUCAUCACCUGUAGUGUCCUGUUGUGGUCCUUCCAGUAUUUUUAAAUUCAAUAAAUGUACUUUUCUAAUAGGAAGUCCUUCCUUUCUAAUACGAUGGAAUAUUGUUGCAUUGCGAUUGCUACGCUGUAAAGUUAAGUUUCUCAUUGAAUUAAUAGGUUGAAUUUCAAGUACUGAUUUCAGUGGAUCCUGAAUAGAAAGGGUAAUAAUUAAUUAUUGGUCACUUUGCACAUAUGCGCAGGGCAGAAGGAUCUAGUUGUUACUGACGCAUCACAAGCAUGUUUCUUACGUUCUUUACUAUGCAAAACACUAAUCAUCUGUUUUCUUCAGUGGGACUUCAUUGCCUUAAAGCCUUACGUACCCAACUCUUCUAUAUAAAGUUGAUGGCUGAAAAAGCUAUAUACUGCCACUGUGCAGCAGCCAAUUUCUUUCAGGUUAAGUUGGUUGUCAAAGUAUGCUCUAAAAGCUCUCUAAAUACAUCUACGCUAAGAAUUUGACAGGUUCAUUGUGUAGACAAGGGCAGUCUAUAUAAUUAAAAUGGAUUUCCUGCAUUUGUCUAAUACAAGGCAUGAAGUAACCUCAGCAUAACAGCAUUGGUGAAAUAACUAGUUCAACUUGUCAUUUUUCUUCUGAAAUCUGAAAUUAGGCUCUCUCCCUAGAACUGUUCUAAGAUGGCUCUUCCUGUAAUGGGUGGUGACAAGAUGGGGAAUACUACCCUUGACCAUCAUUUAGUAUAAACAGUUUCCGCCCUGCAGUAUUUUCUGUUGCUUGAGCUUUUGUUCAAGGCAGUCUGUUGGAAGAAAGUUUAUUUCUAGAGAGGCAGCCUCUUAAAAGUUAUUUCCUUGCGAACUAGCAGUAGUUAACCAGGAGGAGUCUGUUUUCCAGUUCUCUAAUCGUGGUAACCACGGCAGGCUCAUCUGUGGCAUCAGUCCCAGAGGGGCAGCAGAAGCGUGAUCUCUGUCCCUGCAUGGAUUCAGGCUUGGCAAUGCUGACGGCAGGUGUGCAACGCUGACAUUGCAGUUACCAGCAGAAUGUUUUUGUGGUCAUAACUGCCUGUCCAUCCAAAGAAAAGUUGUGGCUUUAUGUUCCUGCAGAUGCAGGUAACUUCAGGGUGGAACAUACAUAGACUUCUGUGGUGAUAACACUUCUGUAUAUCAGAAUGAGCAAUUUUCUAUGUUAUGUGAGUUGUUAUUUGACAAAAAGGGGGUAAAAAUACCCUCAGCAUUAAUUAAAAGAUUUUUACUAUGUCCUAUAUAUUGUUAAAUAUAUGUUGAAUGAUAUGUUUUGUAGAAGUUACUGGCUUUGUUAUGUAGUAGUAUAUUUUUAUAGACAAUUCUUAUAUAUUGAAAUGUUAAGAA